CUUGUCAAGGAUAAGGCUGGAAUUGCUGCUCACAAGGGAAAGGUAUUUUUUUGCAGGAGGGAGUGUAAACUCAAAGGGCUGUACCAUAGAUUUCAGGCCAGUCUGAUGCAGAGACCACAUCCUGUGCCUCUAGUCCUGUCCUAGUACAAGAAAAAGGGGAUAAUAACAUGAGCUGUCAUUGCAGGUUACUGGCAGAGGAGAGGGAAUUUGUGUCAGGACAGCUGAGGAAUUACUGAUCUUCUAAUGUGAAGAAAGUGAGGUGAGAUGGAGCCAUGGCCAAUUCAUAAUAACCACCUCUGGUUAAUUGCAGUGAAAUGGCAGCAGGUGGAGGGAGUGCAGCUCUGCCCUGGUGAUGCUCUGAAUGCAGGGAGUGAAUCCAAAGCAUGAUCUGCAGGAAGGAGACCUGAACGACCUCCUGAGUGCGAUCACUGGGGGUGAGAUGUGCCUGGGCAGGUUGGUUCCACACAGGAAUUCUGUUUGGAGAGGUGAUGGGCCUGGAGUCAGUGGAAAGAGGGAUGUUAAAGGUGUGAUCAGAGAACGUGGUGGGUGUAUAUGGGAGUAGAAAUUCGAGAAGUGAUGAGGGAAGAGGAUAAAUCUGUGUCAGAACAAAAUUGUGCUGUGGAGUGGCACAGGGAAUACUGCAAAGGUGUCUGGUGUGGGCAAACAGCUCUAGAGAGGAAGGAAGGAAGAGUGCUCUGUUCUGUGGCUAGAGAGGAGGGAUGGCUGCACAAGCUCUGGGCAGGACAGCGUGGUCCUGCUGUGCCAUGGGAAGGGAGCUGGGUUUGAUAUGGGCAAAAUCCAGCCAAAGAGAGGCAAAGCAAAUGGGGUUUCUCUCUGGAGUAACACCUGUUAAGCUGAAGAUUCAGGCUCUUGGGAAGACAGUGGUCUUCUUGAGGCUCUGCAGAUAUAAUAAAGAUUGUCAAUAAGACAAUCUUUAUUAUCCACUUAAUAUUUUCCUUUUCUUUUUAGUAGAGAAGGAACAAAGUUAAACUAAACUGAAACUCCUAAGACCAAAAAGAAAGUUUUCAGAAGGCAACCCCAGCUUUGAGGAGGCAAAGGUUGCUCUCUGUAAAAAUGAUUCUUUUUUUCAACACAGCUGUUUGGCUUUGUGAACUGUGGCCUUCAAAUAAUAUAUAUUUAACUUUGAUAUAUACUAUUAUAGAUGUAAAUAUUUACUUAAACAAUAUAUAAAUAUUGAAACAGUAUGACAACAUACAAUAUUAUUAAAUAUUAUAUAUAGCUAUGUUAUAUACAUUUCUAUUAUUUAUAUAUAAAUAUAUAUAUACAUUUAUAUAUGAAAAAUUCUUUUGUCUGACCUGUCAAAGCUGGAGGACACAGGAACUGGUGUAAUUUUUGUGUUCAAGUCCAACAGAUGUUUUGAGGACAUUUUCCUCUCGAAAAUAUUUCAUAAAAUGGUUGCCUGUCAAUCUUCUCUGACUCUGAUUUUGUCCCCAGGGUAUGCAUAAGGAUGAAUGGACAUUCAGGAGGCAUUAAAUCUCAGUGGACAGCAUGGAUAUAAAUCUUAACAUGUCCAAAGCUCUGCAGGUUGAUAUUUAUGGAGUGAUGAGCAGAUGAGAUUAAAAUGAGGGAUGGUGGAGGUGGGUCCGUUUCCAAGACCUGAAGAAAAACCUGUGUUUAAUCUUGGCUUUUCACUCAAGGAAGGGUUUUCUGGGAGAGCAGGGAGGGAAAUGGCAGGAGAGGUUUGUGACAGUGGCUGUCAGGAUGAGGGGAAGCCCCACAGCAGUGGUGGGAGCUGGGGCAGCCACCCUGGAGCCUCUCCCUGUGAGCUGUGGAUGCACAGGGAGGUGGGAACAGAUGGAAUGUGCUGCUGCAAGGGUGAGUGGCACCACAGCAAGUGACAGCCAUCCCACACAGUGCUGCAACGUGGGACACCAUGAGCUGGUGGUAACUGGUUUCCCUCUGUUUCAGGUAAGGCUGAUUUGUGUAAAGCAUCUUCACACUGCCAGGAGCUGUGAGGGCUUACCUGGGGCGGUAAAGCUUUGCAAGCAGAGUGGCAGAAUGAGUGACCUUGUAAAAAUCUCUGAAUUGUUUGGGUUUAAAAAGCCCUCCAGGACUAUUGAGUCCCACAGUACUGCCAAGGCCACCACUUAAACCAUGUCCCCAAGUGCUACAUCCACACAGCUUUGUAGUUCCUCCAAGGAUGGGACUCCACCACUGCCCUGGGUCACCCUGUCAGGGAAGAAAUUUUCCCUAAUACCCAACCUAACCUUCCCCUGGCACAAUUGGAAGUAAUUUCCAGCACAUUUACUGUACUGUCCCUUCCUUUCUGCAGGAUACAGUGAUGAGAUUCCCUGUGCUGUCAAACCCCAUGUGAUCAAUUCAGGAAUCAGACUGUUUUUUAGUCAAGGAAACUCUGACAGAGGUCAAUGACUGCCUUUCACAGAUACCUCUCAUGCUCAACACGAGGAAAAUGCUAUUUCUGAUCACUUACAGUAAACAACAAACUGAGUGGGAAACAUCACUGGAAAUACUUGAGGAAAUGAAUUUCCUCUCCUCCUAAUUUGUGAUAUACUUCUUAUGAAAAAUGUUCCUUUGCUUCCUCCUUCAAACAUUCAAUAUUUAAAGGAAAUAGCAUUUAGAAUGAGGCUUCCAGUAGUAAAGCAAGAUAACAGCUGCAACCUGUGAUUUUCUUUUCAACCAAUUUAGGUAAGUUUAGAUUAGUGAGUGGUAAUCACAAUGCAAAUUUAAUACUUCAGAGUUACAUAGUGGUUUGUUCUAUGUGCAAGAUCACUGUAGAUAUGUUUGCAAACUGGAAAGCAUCGUGUCCAAACAGUCAAUUUAAAAAUAACUGUUUGUCAUACCUGUCUAGGUGUGUAAUGGCCAUGAACUGCACCAUUCAGGCUUCUAAUAAAUGGUUUGGAAACUCUGGAAGUGUGCCGCAGGGUUCUUUUGGGGUUCGCUUUUGGUACUUCUGUUACAGCCUGCCAUGUUUAUGAUCUUUUUUCCUCAGUUAUGAAUUACCUGGUUAAGUCUAGGUCUGAAUUUACAAUGCUUGUUUUCACAGGUUUGAAUGGGUUCUGCAGGCAAUGAAAGAAAUUAUAGAUCAUAUUAACAAUAGAGACAUUGAUGGCACUUUCUGAAGGCUGACACUGGCUGUGAUGCUUCACAGCCUGGCUAAUGACAUUGUCCUCUGAGAUGAAAGAUGAAGCUGAAGGAGUAGCAGUUGCAGAAGUAAUUUCCUGAUGUAUUAAAAAAAAAAAAAGGUGAAAAAAAAAAGGAAGAAAAGGAGCACCAUUUGUUACCAGUGGUAGGCAGUGGUUUGGUUUUUUUUUUUCAUGGCCAUUCUUCCACAGUUCCUCCUGUGAGCACCACAGAACCUCAGUAAGUAAUUCUGCUCCCCUUGGUGCUGUGCACAUCAUGUCACUGUCUGUCCUGCAGGAUAUGUCUGGGCUAUGUGCAGCCCAAAUUCAGAAGCAGGGAUCUCAUGCUGGAAAGCCAUUCUGACUCAUUCUGAGGCCCAGCCCUGCACCCAGAGCUGCUGGGAUUUGUCUUCCACUUUAACUGGUUCUCUUGUGCUGCCAGGAAAUGUGUCUGCUCCUUAAGCAUUCAUUUCUCCAUCAAAUAGAAAACAUGAGCAUCCUCCCUGAUGGAACUGGCUUAAUAAACCAGUUCUUCAUUUAAGAAUGUCUCUUAUGAAGUAAUAGAUUGGGUGAUAAAUGACUCCUUCAAAUGGGUUCUCUUUUGGGUUUAACCAGUCUGGUUAGGCUAUUGUAUGUGAGACCAUGAAUGUAGAAGAUUGUGCCUGUUACAAAGGCAAAUCAGGGUAUAAGUUAUGACAGCUAUUCUCCUUCAUGGGGUGUGGAUUUAGAGGUAAAAUUGCCUAUUCAGGAAGAUUGAAAGAACUGAGGUUAAUCCAACCUGGAGAAAGACUGCACUGGGGCUGUAGGAGGAGACUAAAGUUGUGAGAGCCUCUUGUAAAAACAGUCUAUGUCCAUGGUGAAAUGAACUCAUGGAAUUAAAUUCCACAUUGAACACUUUUUUUUCCUUUACUAAAGUCAGGGCAGGACUAGAGCAAGAAUUUCUAAGGAAAGUGCAAAAGUUGAUAGACAUUUAGCAGAAGGAUAAAGAUUCCAACUGCACCAUAAGUAGGUGUUGGAUUCCAUCCCCCCCUCUGCUGCUGAGAGAGAAUCCAUUCUUGAUUCUGUGCUUAAAAACUAAACAUUUCUGAUUCUUUAGGGAUUAUAAAGGCUUUCAGUGAGGUGAAAUAUGAUGAUAUGAGAUAGCCCUUUUCCUACUUCAUUCAAUUCCCAGCUUUUUCCUUGUACCUCUCUCUUCUUCAUCCAGAGUGGGACUCUGAGGAGAUUUCAGGGUUUGCACACUGGGUGCUGAGAUAGCAUUGUCACAAGGUGGGAGUGUGCAUGGAUUUGAUAUGUCUGAGACCAAUACUUUUCCUUUGCAUUGCUGCCCUUUAGGAACUGAAAUGGAGAAAAAACAAUUUUUCAUUAAUUUCCUAGGAGGUUCUGUUUAAACAGAAUCAUCCUCGCUUAGGUUCCUGCUGGCUGAGUGAAGUUCUAGGCUGAGCACAAGGUCACAAGGUUGGAUUUUGGAGAGGUGCAAUUGGACCCUUGAUUCCUGUUUCACUCCUUUUUGGCAUCAGUGAGCUUCAGCCUAACAUUCUUUAUGGAGUUUUUUUUGAACUUUUAGUUUGUCUCUAAAGGUUAUUGUGGCUGAAAAGCAUUUGACUUACGGCUCUUUUGGGACAGAGCUCAUCCAAGAGCAGAGGCACGAGGAAACCUGUUUGUCACUUGAGGUGACAGUGAAGUGUGGAGAGGCAGAUGGUGGCAGCUUUGCCUGAAUUCUGAAAACAACCUGUUUGUUCUCUGCAUCCUGGGGACAUUAAUCAAGGGCUACAUCAAAAAAUGUGGGUCUGAGCAAUGUCAGGGAACUAUUGCCCAGAGAAGCUGUGACUGCCCCAUUCCUGGAAGUGCUCAAGGCCAGGUUGGAUGGGGUUUAGAGCAACUUGGUCUGGUAGGUGUCCCUGACCAUGAAACUAGCUGAGGUUUGAGGUUCCUUCUAACCCAAACCCGACAGUAAUUCUGUGAUAUUUACAAAAAUUUCUGUUCUGAGUGGACAUGCAGUGUCCUUUUCUUGGAAGUCAAAGGAAUGUUGCCUUUGUCAGCUGGUUUGUGAUUUAGGGAUGUUACCAGCACAUCCAAUACCCUGCAUGCCGUGAAAAUGGCUGUGGUUGCCUGAGGUUAAAAGUGUGUGAAGCCACUGUGGUGUUACUCCUGUGUCACAGGGUCUCCCUCUUCAGACUUGGCACCGAAUUCUUUGAUAUCUGUGACAACAAAUGUGUCAGGAUCUCCUCCCUCACUGGAGGGACAGCUGUGCCAGGGCCUUGGAUUAUGGGUGGGAUGCUGCUCCAAAGGGGUAAACGCCUCCUUUACACCAGGGCUUUGGGAGUCUGUGCCUCCCUUCUGGAAAGGGUUCCCUGAGGGAGCAUUCCCUGGUGUAAACCAAUUCUGGCAGCUCCUGAGAACUCUGCAAAUUUCUUACUCAUGGAGUAUUUCAGGUCACCACUCAUUUCUCAUCUGUGCUUUGCAGGUUAUAAGUUUAUUUAAUUCUUUAUUAUUUUCUGCAAAAUGAUAUGUGGAGACAAUUAAAUAUAUCUAAAAUAUAUUUAUUAAAUAAAAAUUAUGUUUAUCAAUCAUUUGUAGCUUUCUUCCAGGCUUACAGCUAUGCAUUUAUCUCUGGCCAGGAGACAGUCUUUCACAGAUUCUCUCCAAGAGCUCUGGACUUUGAAGGCCUCAUGUAAGACUGUAGCAAACUGUUAUUGCGGCUGUGUCUCAGAUGGGCUGUGAAUCUGCUCUAUAAAAUUGUCCUUGGAUAUUUUUAUUGCUCAUAAGAUACUGGCAUACCAUAAAUAUGGAUAGCAGUGGAUCAGUGGUACUCCUACUGCUCUCCUUGCCUUGUGCCUUCCCAUAUUGAAAUGGGAAUUGUACUUUGCUGCUGAUGCUCCUGCUGCUGUCCCUGGGAGAUGGUGGCUGCACCCCAGGCCAGCUCUGGAGAGCAGGGCCUUGGUCGUGAUCCUUCUGUAGCUCUGGGCUCUACCCAGUCUUGGCACUGUCCCUGGAGGCUCGUGGGUCCUCACUCAACCUUUGCUCUCCGGGGUGUAGUGGGGAAUCCUGGGGGAAUGUUGCUGCUCUCGUGGCCUUUCUUCAGUGCCAGGGAUGCACCUACAGCUUCUGUCUGUCCCAAACCUCUGUAUGCACAGAAAUGCUGUAACUCCUCUAUUCCCCUUUGGCUUUUAUUCUGUUUUUCCUUUCAGUGGUCAUUCCCCUCCAUUCCCUCCUGCUCUCUGCUUUCCCUCAGACUCACCUGGUAGUGUUUAUGUCCUGCUGGACUCUCCUGAAGAAGCAGAAGCAGUGGACUAAACCAAAUGGCCUCCCCUGCCAUAUCCUGCCCCAAAAGCAAGGAAUUGACAGCCACUGAGGCUCCAACCACAACAUUGUUCCGUGAGAUCCUUCCUCUUUUACACCUUGGGAACUGGUGCCACCAGAUAAAGUUCAUUCCUCAGCUCGGCCUUGUCUCCUGCUCAGCCACUGAUAAAAUCCGUGGUGCUUCCUUUGCUCCCAUUCAAAUCACAGGCAGGCUCCUGCAGGACAGGAUCUGUGUUUCAGAUCUGGGGCUUCUCCACUGCUCAUUGGAACCAGGCCAUGCUGCUUGGGGUUUUAACAUCCAAGUUAAACAUUCUCAUACCAAACUUUCCCCCCAUUUGAAUUUCCCUUUUCCAUUUUUUCCCACCUCCUUUUUUAAAAAAAAAAUAAGAAAAUCCACAUUCCUUGAUUUUGUCUCUCUUUAUUUGCAUCUCAUUCCUGUUUCUUACUUUUUCCCUUUCUGGCUCUGCAUUCUCCCAUUCCCUUUCUGUGCUGUUUUCAACCAGCUCCCAAAAGCUGAUGAGGUCCAGCAAGGAGACAGCCCCAUGGUUGCUGUUUAAGAUGCUGGAAACUGUCCAAACAGGGGUCUGGAUCUGGGCUGCCAUAAAGUUGGGAGGCUGUGUUGUUUGUGCAGUUUUCCUUGCUGUUUCCUCCCUGUUUUCCCUCUCUGGGCUCUGCUGUUCAGCAACACAGGCUGAACAAUGUGUGCCUGGGAACCGAGGGUCUCUGCAGGGGUUUCUCCUGUCCAAACAGUUUUGCAAUAACAAAAGAUGUGAAUGUUAAAUCACUGCUUCCAAGAGUCCAAAAUCCUGGUUGCCAGCUCCUAAAUGGCUGGGUUUGAUGCUGGUGGAUAGGGUAAUGUUGAGCCUUCUGUGGCUGUCAUGGUUUAUUUAUCAGUAAAUUUCAUGUUAUCUUACUUAAAAAAUCCUUCUUGUGGAUCUUCUCUGGCAUCUGGAUGGAUGGACUCCAGGGAAAUGACAUGGGCAUGUGGAGGCUGCUUUGCAUGUGGGCUUGUUGCCUUUCUCUCUGAAAAAGUAAUUUUUCUGUGCUGCCAAACUUGUGUUUUUUAAACCCACAGCCCCUGGUGGGCCCUGGGUGUGCAGGACUGAGCUCGAUGUUGGUGUUACACUGCCACUGUGUAAACCUGGCUUCUUUUACUCUGACAAAUGAAUUUAAUGAUGUUUCUGCUUGUGGCUGUAGCAGAAGAGGAUUUCCACCAGGUGGUAAUGUUGGGCUUUGGUUUGUGCUCUGACCAGCCUGAGGUUUGUAUAAAGCUUUCAGUGAAGGAGCUGGGAAAUGGGAUUAUAUGGUGGGAUUAACCCAGGUCAUCUCUGCAGAUAUUUUUGGGUUUGUUUUGUUAUUUGCACAUAAGCUUUGCAUAUGGGGGAAUUUCAGCCCAUGAGUGGCUUGCAAAUUCUUGACUACUCACAAAUAUUUAGAAUUUGACUGUUUAAAUUGUUUCUUUGGACCCCUGUUGCUGCUGUUAAUAUGUACUCGUGGAUCCUUUCAAACCACAGGUCAUUUUGGGUUUUUUAGGAGCAGAGCAAGCCUGGAAGGGUGCUGCAGGGCCAGAGCUGCUCCUCAGCCACCCCCACGUUGUGCCCCAUGGCAAAGGAAUGGAACAAAGGUCAAAAGAGCUGCCUCUUAGAAAUGCCUUUUCUGUUUUCAAAGCAGUUUUCUCUAGUGGAAGGAGGCACUAAUUUCCAGGUGUUUUGGUACAUGGCUAAGGUGUGAGCUUCUUGCGUCUUCUCAAAGCCAAAAUUUGAUCUUGGGCUUUAAUCAGUUGUCCCUGUGCUACCUUUCCCACCUGUGCUUACAGCAUUCACUUCAUCUUUCACUUGUUUUUAGCAGAAACUGUGCUUCUUCCAUUAGAGUGCCAGGUGCUGCUGAACUUGAGAGCACUGCUGGGUGUCUGAGCAUCCUGCUCAGGGGGUUGUCCAGGACCUGUAAACCAGAGGAAUCCCCCAUCCCUCCUGGCAAACAGCCUGUUUUCUCCUGGUUAUUCCCAUUCCUUGGCAGGUUGUGGUGAGCAGCUGCUCCACGAGGCUGGCAGGCCUCUGCAAGCACCAUCACUUACACUGACAGGCUGUUAUUUUUCUAUUAGGACUCUCUGAUUUUAGGUUGUAAAUCACUGACUCGCCAGAGCCCAGGCCUGGCUGCUGUUCUGUCCAAGGGAUUGCAUGAAGAGCAGCUGCAUUUCACUUCUGCUUCCCAGUUUUUCCUGCUUGCAGCAGGAGCACGUGAUGCAUCCUUCUCCAGUGUGACCCUUUCCAAAUCUUGUUUCUCUGCUGCCUUUUCUGUAUGGAUUAUGGAAUCAUGCAUCUUUGUUUUUCCUUCUCCUUGCAGUUUUUAACAGCUCCCAAAAUUCUACUGCCUCCCACUGCAAGAGGAGAUUUCCUCUUUCUCCCAUAUUCCUCAGAAAAGAGUGCCAGCUCUGUGCCAGGUUUCUCUGGUCUUCCUUCUGGAAGCAGAGAUUUGCACAGCAUUUGGAUGGAAAGAAGGCCAGGAAUGGCCCUUGCUCUCUGAAAUCUUGUUUAACCUGGACGUGAAUCUAAUUGAUUGAGCUUCACAGUCUAAAUCUGUUUAGGUCAGGAAUUUGUCUGUGACCACUGCAGAGAUUCAAAGUUCGGAUAUUUUUAUAAAUUCCUCUCCUCUAUUCCUUUCUUUGCCUUGCCUUUUUUUAAAUCUAACCUCUCCCCUUUAAUAUUCUCCAUUUUCCAUAAUUUUCCCUAUUGUGCCCUCUUGAUUUGCCCUGGAAUUCCUGUCCUCCAUGCAGCCUGUCAGAUACAGGGACCUGUCCCACACAGGCUUGGCUGAGGAUCUGCUCCUUGGCUCAUGCCCUGCUGUCAUUGUCAUGCAGAGCUGGAUAUUUUCUCUGCUCAUAGGCCAUCAGUGAUUGCUUUACAGAAAGGCAUCCUCUGUUUUGAUGGUUCCCCAGAGAUGAAUUUAUUGGCAAGACACCAUAAAAGUUCUUUUUUCUCCAUUCUGCAGCUGAAACUGAACAUGCUCGUAGUGCCUAUUAUUUCUGGCACUUGCUGUUUUAUUAGUAAUAUUGAGAUUUGUGUCUUAAUCAGUCAGUUGAUGCUGGUCAGCAUUCAUGGCUGUACUGCUCUAGUAGGAGGGCAGAAUUGUGAUAAGAUUGAUAUAAAUUUCUGCAGUGUCUGCUAUAUUGAGCCCAUAUUCUGUCAGGCUUCUCUUGUAACCUUAAAAAUAAUUAAGCAGCCUCCAUGCAAUUAGUUUUUCUGCCUCCCGAUUCCUUGUCUUUUUGGCCUCAGGAUGUUUGUAGCAUGUUAAUGUGGUUUUUCCUGGGCUGUACUUGAUGGAUCACUUUUGUCUGCAAAUAAUUCCUGGCAGGAAUAUGUUGGAUCGCUGUCCUGUUGCUGAUGCUGGUUCCAGUGCAGUGAGCAAUUUCGUGUGCCCCACCUUCCCGGUGGCAGAGGGACAUGGGUGAGAGGAGAAAUCCCCAGUGUGCCUGCAAGGAGUUAAUGAUUUAGACUCUGCAUGACCAGGAUUUCAGUAUGUGCUGGGCUUUGAGGAUCUUUUUCUUCUCACAGGCACCACAGAUGGCCUUGGGGCAUUCUUUCCUUUCUCCUUUAAAACUGUUACAGAGCUUCCAGUCCCAACAAGCUGCAUUUAUGGGUCUCCUAAUCCAGUUAUCGUGCCCCUGCACCUGUCUGAUGGCUAUCACAGCCUGUCUCCAGCAAGAGCCAGUAAUGGGUUGGCUCUUUUUGUACAUUAAUGGAUUUGUCUAAUGAAUAGUUCUGAGGUCGUACCUUAUAAAGGGUUGGUGUGUAGCUGAUGGGAUCUGGAUGUGCUCCAUCCUCCUGGGGAUGGCUCACCUGAGCCACAUGAUCUGUCAGGGAUGACAAGACAUCCUUUGUCAGCCCUGGAUGAGCAGUGCAAGGUGCAGGUUUUCCAGCACUGGAAACAUGAGCUGAUCUCCUGAUGGGAUCAGGUCUGAGGUGACAUCGCUCCAGUCCUGAUGGCACAGGUGCCUGCUCCCUCCCUCCCUCCCUCCCUCCCUCCCUCCUGUGUGACAUCACCAGCUCUGUCUGCUUGAUUCAGACACUCCAGUCACACAUUGUCCAGCUCAUCAACACCUAAGGGAUUUGAAAACUGUUAAAUUUGUUUUUCAUCAGUGCUGAUUAACACAUGGAGAUGAUGUUUGCUGUGUUAUGCUUUAUCACUGCUUUGCAGUCCAGGCUGUCUCUGGCCUUCUCUGGGCUGGGACCACAGAAUAUUUGUAGAGGUAUUACAGAAUCACAAAAUAUUUGGACCCACAAGGAUCAUCGAGUCCAGCUCUUAAGUGAAUUGGCUGUAUGGGGGAUUAUGGUUUUGGAGAAGUGCCCACUAGAAACUAGAGCUGGAGAGUGAUAGGAAGGUAUCCAAAUAAAAGCAGCAUGCAUGUUAAUAGUGUUCCAGCAGCAAAGAACAAGCAGAAUAAAUGGGCCGUGUUUCUAAGAAAUAUUUUGACUUCCAGAAGGCUGAAACUUGAGUUAAAUCUACUCACUUGCACAUCAAAACAUAAACAGCUUGGUGUGGAACAAAUCUCCUGCCACAUCAAUGGAACAAAUUUAGAUUAAAGCUCUGAUCAUGACUCAGUGCUCUGAUGUACAUGUUCAGAAUCUCUUCCAGCUUCCAGAGGCAUUGCCAGCACCUGAGUGGGGCUGUUGUUUGCAAAUGCAAGAUGCUGUUUGCCAUGCAUUUCCCCAAACAGUUGAUUUUGAGGGAAGUAGGGGGGGAGUUCAUAUUCUUGGUAUUUUAGUGAAUAUUGUUUGGAUGUGGAGCUUGUCCUGUGCUGAGCUGAUGGCUCUGUUCUGUUCCCUGUGGAGCCAUUAGAAGCUGACUCCAAUGGAAAUGCUGCAGCCAUCCCACCACACAUGUCCCUAAACAAGAGAUUUGACUUUUCUGAAUGCUUUUAGUAGUGGAUUCUGUUUCUCUUAGUGCUCUUGGAGCCAAUGGGUGGUAUUAAAUGCAGCAUACUUAAAAAUAGUAGAAAAAAACAAUACAGGCUUUCAUGAUGAAACACAACUGAUUUCCAGUGCUCAGACAGUUACUGAGAAUCCAGAGAAAUCCAUCAGAAAUAGUCAAAAGAAACAGAAAGUUUUUGUGUGAGCUGCGAGUGCUCUGGGAUGAACACGUGCUGGGUGGGCUCUCACAGCCAGACUCCCAUUUCCUGUUUUCCUUCUCAGACACUUGCCUUUCCUUGCCAUGAAAAGCCCAAAGGAGGACACUGCCCAGGCCAAAAGGCAUUUCCCAGAGUGGUUCUGGGCUUUGGUAAGAGCUGGAGGGAGCCAAGACAGGCUCAAUCCAAACCCUGCUCAGUGUCCCAGCACUAUUGCUGCUUCUCCAUGAAUCUUGCUCCAAAGCAACACACUUUUUCAGAAGUGAGGAAACAUCACCUCCUGGUGUCCUUGCUUCUCUCUCUGCCUUGUCUUGGACAGCAGUAUAACAUUCUAAUUCUGGUUAUUUUAUAUCCCUGUAAAGUUCCUGCAGAAUCUGUCUUUGCAUGACAUUCUCUUAUGCUCGAAAACCUUGAAAAGAAGUAAUGCCCCUCAAGAAGUGCUGUCAGACUUCAAACAUGUUGAAUGUACCUCAGAUAAAAGCAGGACUGUGAUGGUCCAUGGGGUGGGAUUUGAAGUGUAUUAACUUUAGGAAUGUGAUGAUGCUUCUGACAUUUGCAGACAACCCCACCAGCAGAAGGUGAAAAUGUCAAGAUAAGAGCAGAUUCUCUCAAGACCAAGAGAGCUGCUGCUAAAAUUUUAAGUUGUAACAAAAACAAAAUGAGGAAAACUGGCAGAAAAGUCUGAGGAGUGAAGCAGCAGCUGUACAAAAGGUGGGAAGUGUUGGUUCUGUGCUUCAGCCCACCUGCUGGGCACAGAGGAAGGAGAGCAGACAGUACAUGAGUCACUGUGUCCUGCCUUCCAGGUGAUUUUACAAAAGACGUGAGCAAAUCCUGGCAUGACCAUCCUCAUCGUCAGCACUGAGGAAGGCUGUGGUCCUGCUCCAUCAGUGGAGGGGGAAGGAGGAGAUCUAAUAUUCUUGGUCUAAUAUUUGCUGUGAAUUACAAUCAUUUGAUAUUGCUGUCCACUGCUGAAGUGAUCAAAGUCCUCCUUUUUAUUUUCAUUUUUUUUUCCUCCCUGCAGAUCACUUUCUUGCUGUUUCUUAAAGUUGCAAAGGGUAAACUGUCAAGAACCCCCAUAAAUCAUUGAGCAUGUCCUUAGAGAAAGUCUUAAUGAAUUAAUUUUAUUUUAUCUGUUUAGCAGAUUGCCAGUGGUUGGAUUUCAUCCCUUCAGAGCUCCUGAGAUCCUGGAGGGUCACCUGAAGAACAUAUCCCACAUUUUGUAUAUAAAAAGUCUCAGGCUUAUCGUUACUUCAGCAGCAGCUGUGAUGUCAGGAGGUUGAAGCUCCUGGGAAGAGAAGCAGGUACAACCCCAUGGAAUACUCACCUGUUAAUAGGAGCUGGUCUUUUGUGGAGUAGAACAUUGGUUCUGUGGCAGAAUUAUCUCACCUGAGCAGAUAUUUACCUUCCAGUGUUUUCUUAGCUGCUAUGACCGGGUUUAUAAUUAACUUGUGAUUUGUUUGUACUCUGUAUAUUCUUAUUUGAAAGUGUGGGAGGACGCCUGGCUCCUACCAAAUGGUGCUCUUGGGUCAGUGGUGGGAAUUCAGGAGCAGGACUGGAGCCCAGCUGAGGUGCCAGCAGGCCCAGAGCUUGUGCAGACACUGAAAGAGCUGAAGUGAGGCAGGGACAGAGCAACCUGUGGCCCUUAAGGGUCUUUGACAGACCUUACAGUAGGUUAAAAAAAACCCCAAAACAUAAAUAUUUAUCUCUGCUUAUUUUUAAUUGCUUUGUCCCCAAAGAAUUAGUUAUUUUGGUCUCUAGCUUUUGAUCACCUAAGAUAUUGCAAAGAUCUGUGCUCAUGAACAAACAAAUCUGGGUUCAGCCUCAGUUUAGAGGCAGACACAUUUUGGAAUUAUAGCAAAUACAAAUUAACUCCAGACUUGCCAAAAUACAAUUAAAAUCAGUGUGAAAAUGCUUCAGUUCUUGUCAGCUCACACUAUAAUUUUUGAGCAGGAAUAUACUUACAGCCAAUCUUCAUGUUUGCAAUCAUUGCAGCUAUAAAGACCAUUCCCAGAUUACACCAUUGGGCAGGAGCCACUGCAGCCUUGCCCACUCCUGGCAGGGUUUUUGGGUGCCUGGUGUGGGUGUUCCAUCCUCCCAGCAAAAGCAGAGACAUUUCUUAAAAUAGGUGAUUUAGAACCAAAACUCACUGAGAACUGGCUGAGCAGGUUGCUCAGAGCUGACGAGCUGUGCAGACAUGACACUGCCUCUUGUCUGAGAAGGAAUUCUGUUGAGGGCAGGUACAGGAUUGCUGGAAAGAGCAGAGAUCUGAGAGUAAGAAAAGGAUGAACGAGUGUUGUUAUUUUUACCAGUGGCUAAAACAUCUCUGCAGUCCUCUCUGGCUUUGUGCCCUUCUUCAUUUUGGUUCUGUGGCAUUGUGGGUGUUGAGGGUGGUUGUCUGCCACAUCUCAUGGCUCUGGAGCAGGAUGGGGCCACAGGAUCUGAGGGAUGAGACCCACAGGUGAAAUCAGGGCAGUGGGGAGCAGACCUGGCCAGACACAUUUUUACAGGGGAACAGCUGGCGUGAAGUGCAAAUAAACCAUUUGUACAGGCUCAUCAUCCUUCCUCUGAGCACUUGAUCCUUAGAAUGCUGGCAGUUUGUUAUUUUUAUGGCCUAAAAUCCCGAGCAGCCGCUCUGCUUGGAGGAAGGUGGAAUGUUGGGUGCUGUUCUGCUGAUGCCCGUGGGAUGCUGAGGCUUUGGGAUGAGGUGGCUGGCCAGGGACCUGCAGCAGGAGAUGAUGGGAGGGCUGGUGGCCCUUCUGUGCCAUCACCCUAAUUGCCAAGGAUGCAGUUGUGUUCCCAGGCAUUAUUUGGUAAUUAUACUUAGCAGACCAUAGGGGACAAUUAGGAAAGCUUAAACAUGUGUCAGCUCCCACUUCAUCAUUUCUGUGAGAACCAGCAAGGCUUGGAUUGCAGCUUAAAAAGGGGCAGCCCAGGGGAAGGGGGAGCAGCUCCUCCAGCAAGGCACAGAGGGGCAGCUUUUGGGGGGCAGGUGGUCACCCUGGGAGCCCAAGUCAUCUCCAUGGUUGUAAGGAAAUAAAGGGAUGCCUGCAAAUGUUUUUAACAAGAAAUUCAUGUUGCUUUUUCUAAUCUAAGUCCAAGCUUUACUCGUGUUGAGCACAAAGGUUAACAUCAGUGGUGGAACAGUGCUGUGUACUGUGCCUUGGUUUUUUAUUAUUUCAUGUUUAUUGGCUCAUUCUAGUGGGGGAGGGCAGGACUUUGGCUUGCAGGUUCAGCUGGGGAGGUCUGCAGGUGACCUUGGCCUUUGCCUGGAGGAAGAGGGGCCCAAGAGGUGCCUCUGGGAAGGUGCAUUUGUUCAUGGGACUUACAUUCUACUUCUCCUAACAUUUUAGGGCAUUUUUCUGAUCUUUUUAUGUUCCUCAGCUUUUGCACUGUGGGGGCUGUUUGUAUGCAGAUCUUAUCACUCAUCUUCCCAGCACUAAACACACUUUUCUCAUCCUUAGAGAAGUUUCUCCUUGUCUGCAGCAGUGUGGACAGGAGAGUGGCAGCACGUUAAGCAUCAACAUCCCUUUUAAGUUACAAAGCGAGCACAGCUUGUUUCUGAUGACAUCCCCUGGAGCCAAGACCAGGAGAAGAGGGAUUUCUCUCACUCAGCUCCGUGAUGCAUCCCUGGAGCAUCUGCUCCUGAAACACCUUUCACAAAGCCUCCAGUGAGACAGCCAGAGGACUGGACAAAGGCCCUGGUUUGUGUCCCUGGCUGUGAGAAUGUCACCUGUGGGAGCUCUGCACACCCCGAACCCUCCCCGUGUUCGAGCAGCGUGUUCCCCUCUGUGGCCCAGCUCUGCAGCAGCAGAUCUGUGCUCUGUCUGUGCUGCUAAUGAAUAUCAGCCUCUCUGAAACCAAGUGUGACAGCCCAGCUGUAAUUGCGUUUCAGAAAGGAGAAAACACGUGUGUGCCCAAGCCACCCAUAAUUACUGCUCUGAAAUGCCUGGGGAGAACCGCAUCAUUUUGAUGCUUGAGACAGGAUCGACACACCACCACCAAACUGAUGGAAGGGAAAUGGCCCCUGGGUGAGUUAGACCUCAUCCAUGCUCGUCAGGCUAAUUAACUCAUCAGCAAGGACUGAAUCCAGCCUCCUGGUAAGUGAUAUCUAAAUCACUGCUGCAAGGAGAGGAUGAAAUAUGGGCGCAUGAGAGGGGAGACAGGGGAUGUGACUGAGGAGGAAAAAGUCACAGAGCAAGAAGAAAUAUGGACAAGGUGUGUGAAAUGGGCCACGUUCCUCAGAGCUGCUGUCACUGCCGUGGUUCAGGUGUGGUUCAGGACGUGUGUGCAUGGACACGGAUCUCUGCCUCUGGCCAUGGAACAGCGAGAGGCUCCGAUGGGAGCGCGUGGCUCUGCUCUGUGCACGUACACGGCGACUUGGGUGCUCUUUACACACGCAGGGGCACUCUGAAACCAGCUGGAAAUCCACUUUUGUUCAUGCUCAGCAGCUGGCUUUUGCCAUCAGUGAUAUUCCUGCAGCCUGUACUCGGCUGGAGCAGUCUCAUCAACACUUCACUGUGUUCUUGGUGACUGCUCAGCCUGGGCCAUUUGGAUCUUUGAAAGGGGACAAAAAAGGAGCAGCAUGGAUAGGUUACCCAUUAAGAUCAUCUAGUUCAACCCCUGGUUUUGGGACUAGACUGUCACCAGCACAUCAAAUACAGUCCUGGUUGAAUGUUAAAUAAAAUUUCUAUGACAAGCAAAAGUCUGGUCCAUUGAGCCUGAGCCCAGGGCAGCACAUGCUGAGGGACCCAGUGCAGGAACACACCUUGUGCAGUAUUGAAGAGCAUCCUGAGUAUAUUUUUCUGCCUUCUGUAUUCCCAGGAGACAACUAGCCCUAAACUCACUGUGGUGGUAGCAGCUUUCUCCUAACUUCAACCUGAAUGUAUCAGCUGGUGUUUGUUCCUGUGCCAACCGUGUCCCUGAGCCCAGGCAGCUCUCCUCCCUCUCUCCUCUCCCAUGUUUGUGGAGAAUGAUUGUAUCUCUGCUGCUCCAUGUUCCAUGAGGCUGAGCACAGCGCCCCUCUCCUCCUCCCCAGCUCUCUCAGUGCUGCCCAGCUUCCCUCACCUCCAAACCAGUGGAACACGGGUGACCAGACCCAAACAAAGUGCCCAGAUAAGAUCUUCCUGGGGCCCUGCACAAUGGAAACUUCUGCUAAGCCCAGCCAAGGCAUCUGCUGAGGGCUGAGAGCCUCAUUCCUGCAGGAUGAGACUUUCCUUUGAAAUCCAUGUUGCUGCUACCAGUGUUCAGUGUUGCUUAUUCAAAACCACGUUUAUCUUUGGCUUUGUGCAUUUCAAUACAACUUCAUUUUUUACUGUGGAUUUGUGACACUUUACAGAUCCAUCUGAAAUCAAUCUAAAUGCCAGCCUCUAUAAGAUCUCAGCAACCCUCCACAUUGCUAUUUGCCAAGAAAAUCUUUUCCCAGAACUCCACUUGAAAUAGGAAUGAGUCUUUUAAGUCUCACACCUCCUCAGGGAUUGGCAGAAGUAGAUAGUUUCCUACUCUAAGUCUCCUUGAACCCAUGUUCCUGUGCUCUGUGUGCUGCCUCCCUGCACGGGCAGCCCCAUCAGCCUUCUGCCAGGUUCAGAUGCUCCAGCAGCUCUCACAAUUUCCUAAAAUGUUGUUUUCCUCAAAGCAUAGGGAUCCCCAAUGGAUACACCAUUGCAGGGCAUCCUUUUUAAGACAGACUGGGGGUGGGGGGAAAGCAGCAUCUGAGUGAUCCAGGCCACAGAGGGGAAUGGCAGCCGGUCAAGUCAGGAGUGACGUUGCCUUGUAUAAAUCAAAGAGAGGUGGCAGCUGGGUGUUGCUUGCAAGGAGCAGGAGAAAAGGGAUGGCUGCUCUUGGGCCAGGGACCUGAGUGGAAAAGGUGUGUCUGCUUGGCUGCAGCUUUUAUAUAAGGGCCACUUCUUUCAUCUCAGCUCUGGGGGGGAAAAAGGGACAUCGCAGAGUCUCAAGGAGUCCAGAGGAGCCUGAGCAGAGCCAAGAGCCCAUCCCAGCUGGCUGCAGCUGAGUCAGCAGGGGAAUCUUCUGGAGAUGAUGGUUUUGAAGCUUUUUGGAAUCAUCUUUUUCUGUGGCCUCCUCUCACCCUCGCAGGAGGUUUUGUCUGGGCUGUCCUGUGCCGUCAGCCCGCGGGCGAUGCAGAACGUUCUCUCAGAUGCCAUAAUUCAUAAUGGGCUCAUCCACCAGCACCUGCAGGGUCUCGUGGUUCCCAACAUCAUGGGUGAAGGGAGUCAGCUGAACUCUCCCACCAGCAUCACGGACCUGCACCUCAUCAAGGUCCGGGUGCCCAGGCUGUCGGUGAUGCUGCUGCCAGGGAUCGGGGUCCAGCUGACCAUCGGGGCAAAGCUGCAGCUCAGAGGCAACUGCUUGGUUGGCCUGCUCUCAGAACUCAUUGAUAUCUUUGUGGAGGUGAACAUUACUGCGAACAUUAAAUGCACGAAUUUUGAGUCUGGCACGUUCCAGGUUGUCACUGAAGACUGCCUCUGCAUUCUUGGGGCUGUAAAGAUCAAGGUCCUUUCUGGCUUACUCACCCUGUCAGUGAAUGAGCUGGUGCUUCGUCAGCUGACAGCAACUCUGCCCGCUUUGCUGUGUCCCGUGGUCGAUAUCGUGAUGAACCUUGUGAACAUCCAUCUCCUGAGCACUCUCAAUGCCGUGAUCCCGGUGGGCACAGCAGGAACAAUCCACUACCAGCUGGCCAGCAUCCCCUACACCUCUGGCAAGUUCCUUGGGCUGGAUUUAGACGGUGUGGUGAAGCAGGUGGGAGGCAGCACCAUCCCCCACGACUCAUCCCCCUCUGCUUUGCCUCCUCUGAUGGACAAGCUCCUGCUCUUGGUGAUGCGCCAGAGCUUCCUCAAUGCAGUCCUGUCCCUCCUGCUCCAGCUGUCACCACAGACCUUCCCCUGCACGCCAGAUGUUUUCUCCGGUGCCAGCCGCCUGCGUGAGGCCGUGUGGGCCAUCUCUCCUGCUGGGUGCUCCGCCUGCAGAGGGACCAGUCCCCUGAGCAUCAAACUGGUGUUGAGAGGGAACCCACUCAUCCUCUUGGAAGAAAACAGAGCCACUGUCAAGCUUUCAGUCCUGAUUCAGCUGUUUGGUAACAACUUGGAUGGAUCCAUCCUCAAUUUCCUGCUGCUGAAGGCAGACCUUGCUCUAAACGUCCGUGUGUCAAUUGUUGGGGGCAGGCUGGUGCUGCAGCUGGCUUUGGGCAGCACUUCCCUCUCCUUGGAGUCUUCUGAUGUUGGCAUCAGUAAUAUCUCCAGCCUGAAGCCCCACUGCAGCAGUUUGCUUGUGGAAACAUUUGUGCCUGUGAUCAAUGGUGCCCUGAGCAUCGGGAUCCCUCUGCCAAAGGUGCUGCGCAUCCCCUUGGUGAAUGUGGAAUUUCAGAUAAAGACGGGCCUGAUGGUGUUUCUGGUGUGAGCUCUGGAGCCUGAGGCAUGGACAGGACUGUGGGGGCAGAGAGGAAGAGAGCAGCGAGGAUGGAAUGCCACGACCAGCAUUAUCUGCUUUUCUUUACUAAACUUGAUUCAAGAUUCUUGAUAAUAUUUAAGACACUUUAAAGUGAAUUGGCUUGUGUGAGUACAGCUUGACACUUGCAUAAGCCAAACCUGACUGGCAGCUCUGUGUACAAAUAUUUAUUUAGAGAAGUUGGUGUGGUUUUGGGGUCACAGUCACAGCAGGUGAGUGUGCUGCUGCAGUGGAAUUGGGAAAUUUGUUCUGAGGUAAAACUUUUCCUGAUAGAAUGAAAAAGUGAAUUUGUAGUAUGUGGCUACUGAAGUGGAGCUCCCUAUCCUUGUCCAGGAGGGUGUGAAGUGCUGAGUGGGAGCUCAGAAUGCAUUUGUCAUGUAACUCUUUUAAUAAAUGUUCCUACUUUUUUAGUGCUUGGAAUGAA